CCAAUUAGCCUUUUAAAAUUUUCAAUAAAUUCUAAAAAAUACUCAAUAGGUCUUGAUCAUCGCUAUGACAUUGAAAACAUUUUGGGUAUCAUUAACCUAUCUUGCUUUUCAGGAUUUAGUUCUUCUGGUUCUAACAUCUGGAAGAGGUCCUGGUAUAAUUCCACGUAACCCGCACCCUCCUGAACCUGAAGGAUUUGACAGCAAUGCAGAUUCUGGCCCUAGCCAAACUCCACAGUUACGGUUACCAGCAUUAAAGAAAUGGAAGUUAAUGGGAUCACUGUGAAGAUCAAGUAUUGUGAUACCUGCAUGUCUUAUAGACCUCCUCGCUGCUCUCACUGUUCAAUAUGCAACAAUUGUGUUGAACGAUUUGAUCAUCACUGUCCUUGGGUUGGGCAAUGUAUUGGACUGCGAAACUAUCGGUUCUUCUUCAUGUUUGUCUUCUCAACAACUCUUCUCUGUAUAUAUGUUUUUGCUUUCUGCUGGGUCUACAUCAGAAGGAUCAUGGACUCAGAGGAGUCAACAAUUUGGAAAGCGAUGAUCAAAACCCCUGCCUCCAUAGUACUGUUAGUCUAUACUUUCAUAGCAAUGUGGUUUGUCGGUGGUCUGACUGCAGAACAGCUCCUGCAGCAGCUCACGGACAGUAGAUGCACCUGAAA